AGUCAGAGCAGAGGGGGGAAAUGGCGAGAAAUUCAUCAUCAGCACUACUUCGAAGUCUUCUUCUUUCUCGUAAGAACAAACCCUUUUCUUCUGCUUCGAUCAAAACCCUAACAACAAGUACUCAAAUCUCUUCAUCUAGUUUUGGUAAUAUACUUGAUAAUCAGAUGAAACCCUUGUCUUCUUUUGCUUCAACUUGUGUUCCUCUCUUCUCUUCCCUCUAUUUCUCUUCAUCAGCUCGAUCUUUCUGUUCUUCUUCAUCAUCUAGUGCAUCUAAUUUUGUCGUUAUCAACUCAGAACACGGGUUUAACAGUUCUCUCAAGAAAGCUCAAGAUGAUAACUUGCCGGCAAUCUUCUACUUCACUGCUGUCUGGUGUCCUCCAUGCAAACUAAUUUCUCCCAUCAUUGAAAGUUUGAGCAAGAAAUAUCCACACGUGACGACCUUCAAAGUCGACAUUGAUCAGAUAACAAGGAUUUUGAGCACAUCCGCGGAUGAGGAAAUCCGGAAGAAACUAGAGGAACUGAAUAUUAUGUCUGUGCCAACAAUUCACUUCUUUCAAAACGGGAAAAAGGCUGACGAAAUGGUGGGUGCAGAUGUUGCACGACUGAACCAAAUUGUGGAAAGGCUUUACAGCACCAAGAACUAAUCAGUCGUCUAUCCCCUAAGUCUAAGCUGCUAAGUAAAGACAGAGAUGAGGUUUGGAGUAUGUGUAGCACGUAGUGCUGCCAUUAAAUUGGGUAUCCUGUGUUUUAAAGUUUUUGUUUUAGAAACUUGAAGAGUAGUUCAGUAGAAAUGGUUAUAAAGGAGGAAAGCAAGGAUUUUAUUGUUUUAAACAGUACCUGCUGCGAGUUUUUUCUCGUCUUCUUUGUUCUCACACAGUUAUAGAAGAGUUUAUUUACAACAUUUUUCUCAUUCUUUCUUCUUGGUGUAGAGGAUAAGCAUUUUCAU